AGGGCUGGUGCAAACCCGCGUGACCUAGUUGUCCCCACCCUUCCCUCGGGGUGCCCGUGUCAGGAGCCUUCCUCCCUCUCGCUCAGCUUGUCUCACGUGACAGCUAGCGCUGCCUCACAAGCCGCUGCAGCCGCACGAGCCGUGGGAGGGGGGCUUCGCUGGGCGCCGUUGUCGCUCGUAUAUCCGCCUCUUUUGCAGUGGAAGAUGGAGCUCUCCGCGGUCGGGGACCGAGUGUUCGCGGCGGAGUCCAUCAUCAAACGCCGCGUCCGGAAGGGUCGUAUUGAGUAUCUGGUUAAGUGGAAAGGAUGGGCGAUCAAAUAUAGUACAUGGGAGCCAGAAGAGAAUAUUUUGGACGGACGCCUUAUUUCGGCUUUUGAACAGAAAGAGAGAGAGAGGGAACUUUAUGGGCCAAAGAAAAGGGGACCCAAACCUAAAACCUUCCUUCUCAAGGCAAGAGCCCAGGCAGCUGAGACUUCGACACAAGUCCCUGACAUCCAGCAGUACCACUCUUCAGCCUCCUCCACCUCCAGGCCUUCUUCAUCUUCUGCCUCCCCCGCAUCCUCCUUGCACUCCCCUUACCCUUCUUCAUCCUCCUCGUCCUCCUCCUCAGCCCCCACCGUCAAACUCCAGUCAGGUGCUGCCCACCACAAACUGAAGAAAGAUAUUCGUCGCUGCCAUCGCAUGUCUCGGCGUCCCCUGCCUCGCCCCGACCCUCUGGCCCCGCCUUCAGGCUCCUCCUCCUCCAGCUCGGCCUUUCCCUCCCGCCCGCCUGUCUCCCCGUUCUCGGAGACCGUUCGUAUCCUGAACCGCAAGGUAAAGCCUCGUGAAGCCAAGCGGGGCCGGAUCAUCCUGAACCUGAAGGUGAUUGACAAGGCAGGUGGAGGCAGGAGAGCGCCUUCGAUGGCCCACCAGCAAGGGAUGCACCACUCCCAACCAGGACGGCCCAAAAUUCCCUCCCGGAACCGCAUUAUAGGGAAGAGCAAGAGGUUUACCGAAGUGCCUUAUAGAGGUCUACAGCCCCCACUGAAAGUAACAGGGUUCCCCAUGUACGCAAAGCCUUUUGGUAUCCAGCAACCCAUUAGUCAGUCUCAAAGCAGUACUGGUAGUAGUGAAAACACAGAAGGGAAAGGUGCUGGGGAAGGUGCUCCUCCCCUUCCCGGCUCUGCCCUGUUAAAUCCAGAUUCUGUAAUGCCGGAGCCUCAGACUUUGCCCCGCUAUCAGCCCUCCCCCUCAUCGUCGACCUCCAGUGGCUCUGACAGUGGUCCCAACUCCCCGCCUCACAUUCAGCCAACCCCUCUACAAGCCAUCCCUGAACCGGCCUCUGCCGCCUCGCCGUCCCCACCCAACCUCAGCCCCAAGCCCCUGGAGUCAAAGCAAGAAGCGCCCCACAACCCUCCAUCUUUUCUCCCAUCUCCUUCAUCCAUCUUUCUCUCCUCGUUGUCCUCCUCAUCCUCUACCUCGACUUCAGAGGAUGAAGAGGUCCUGGAUCUGUCUGUGCCCCAUGAAGACAAGAGGAAUGCCCGGCGUCGUCAACACAUGCGUCGACUUCAAGGCAAGUCAGCCUCUGCCAUCUCCAUCCCUCUGACCCCAAAGAACUUGGGCAUUGGGCCACCGCUUCUGUCCCCUGAGCAGACAAGGACAUUGUCGGAAGGCAACCCUGACUGGCACCCUGAAAUGGCCCCUCGCGCCAACGUGGUUGUGACGGACGUAACCACAAACCUGCUCACUGUCACCAUCAAGGAGUUCUGCCAUCCGCCUGAAUUUGAGAAGCCUGAGCCACCGUCCCCCUCAUCAUCCUCUGUCAGCCUUCAAGUAGCGACCCCUUCAUCAGCAGCCACGGCGACCUGCCAGUCUACAUCUGGACUGGUGAGCGUUUUUUCCUUAAAUAAACUCUCCCCCAAGUCGCCCGUUUCCUUCUUGCGACCGACCGCGGAUUCCGCCACCCUGAAGUUCCUCGUUAUUAUUCUGGCCGCGGGGAUGCUGGCCUUCCUCGGCGCGGUCAUCUGCAUCAUUGCCGCGGUCCAUCCCGGAUUUAUUUCUGCCGCACCCCAGGCGUUUUCGGACAACGAGUCGCUGUCCCAUGACUCGGUUCUGGAGACCCUUCCGGAGGGAUCCUUGGCUCAGGCUGGACCGAUGGGUGCUCUCCACGGUGCUGAAACGGAAGAGGGGAUAGGGGCUUCUGUUGUCAACGGGCUGAGUAAUUCGGGCAGAGCUGGUUCAGGAGGAAGACAGCAGGUUACUUUCAGCCGCCUCAUAUGCACCCCCGUUCCUGCCGGCGAAUGCAACCCAAAGACCUUCCUGAAGCAGAGUGCCAGUCCGCCGCUGCACUCAGACGAAGAUUGGAGUUAUCUGAGCGCCACGGCCAAGCAGCUCCAGGAGACCAUCCUGCAGCAGAAGGACCAGAUACUUUCAGAUCAACAGACAAUACAGGAGCUUACCGGGAAGCUGUCCGAGUGCGAGAUCGGACUGGGCGAGCGCAGCUAUCCGGGGCGGAGCGCGGGGCUUUGGGGGAACAGACGGCGACUCUUGGCCGGGAACGGCCAUAUGUCACCCGGCGUGCCGGAACAGCAGAGCACCCUCGUCUUGGAGGAGCUGGAGCAGGCCAUCGUUCAGAUGAAGGAUCGCAUUGAGAAACUGGAGACUGACACGCCGCCUACAUCCCAGAACCACACGGGGGCACCACAGAAAGGUCAGGAGGGACUCCCAGGAAGCCGGGGCACCUGGACCAAGGCACCAUCUCGACGACCACAGGACAAGCUGGGGGGCAAGCUUGAGGCCAAGGUGCAGCAGCUGGAAGGGGAGAGGGGCCGCCAGCAGGAGGCGCCAGAGGAUGCCGACUCUCUAUGGCGCAGCAUUGAUCACCUGGAGCAGAGUCUGUCCGGGUAUAACUUCCCAGAGAGCUACAAGCUGCUGUUCCCGGUGCGGACUGACUACAUGUAUGGCGUGGUGCGGCACCCCAUCCCGGAGAUGUACGCCAUGACUGCCUGCCUGUGGCUCCGCCCCAAGGGCUCAGGCCUGGGGACACCCUUCUCCUACUCCAUCCCAGAGCAGCCCAACGAGCUGGUGCUGCUGCAGGGUGUGCACAACCCCGUGGAGAUCCUCAUCAAUGACAAGGUGGCACAGCUGCCUCUAGCCCCACAGCCAGGCAAAUGGCAGCACCUGUGUGUGACUUGGAGCUUGAGGGAUGGGGUGUGGCAGGCCUACCAAGGUGGUACACUGAAGGGGGAAGGAGAGGGUCUGGCUGCCUGGCACCCUAUCCGGCCCGGGGGCAUGCUUAUCUUGGGGCAGGAGCAGGAUGCGAUGGGCGGUCGCUUCGAUGCUUCCCAAGCCAUGGUGGGGGAGCUCUCUCAAUUUAACCUCUGGGACCGGGUGCUGUCAUCCUCGGAGGUGGCGGACCUGGCGACCUGCAGCUCAGCUCUGCUGGGCAACGUGGUGCCGUGGACCAACCGCGGUAUCGAUGUGUUUGGGGGGGCGGCCAAGGAGCCAGCGGAGCCGUGCACGGAGCAAAUCGGGGCCCAUUAGGGACGAUUUGUGAACUACCCUUGAACGUGAGGAGCCAGUCCUGGCCAAGCAGCCGCAGUUUUUUCUGUUCCAGCACGUUUUUACUCGUAGAAAGUGCUCGAGAGAAAAAAGUAACCGCGAGGCAUUUGAGGAACACAUGGAAACUCCUUCAAAUUUGGGGUAAAUAAAUCACCAAAUUUGGGCACGUUUAACUGUUUCUGACUUUUUACUGUCUUAAGAGCAGGAGGUUCGUCAGCCAUCCCGUAUCACGUGGGCGUUAGGGUCAGUGCCCCACUCCCACGUGCUCUGUCCUGCAGGUGUGACCCCUCCCCAAGACGGGCUGACAUGGUGACACUCACACUCUCCAGGCACAAGGUGCACGUGCACACUGACAUGGGACACUGUGCAAGGAGGCAGAGUGCUCUGCUCUAUUGUAAAUAAUCCACAAUAUAUUUGGCACUGAGCUUUACUUACUGUAUGUGCACACAUUCUUUCAUUUAUGUCUUAUAACCUGUAAUUUUGAAGCCCUACUCUGCACUUCGUCUUCAGUUCCUGCCUGUGUUUUACUUUGCACCUUGACAGAUAGAUAUAUGACUGGGAAUUUGGGAAUUUUAGUGAAAAGAGUGUCGGGAGUUAUCUUGGUAAUUCCAACUCCCCCUUAAAGGAUGUGGCCACGUGCCGCACACCAAAGGGCUGUAAGCUACUCUCCCGUGCAGAGAAUCUUGUGUGAUUUUACCUGUUUUAUGUGUUUUAGUGGAAAGCAGCUGUAACGAUAAGAUCCACAUGUCUUCCCUCUCUCUUGAAACUUGAUUGGCUGAAGUGUCGUGCCUGCAGUUGGGUUAGUUAUGUUUUAUAGUCAUACCUGGUCCACUGUGGUGUCGUGAAAUACAUUUAUGAAAAUAUAAUCAUGAUGGUACUUCAUAAUUAAACAGUGAUUAAAUGUUUUAUUUGUGGAAAA